AUGGCAUUCCGGUCGCAGUUCACAACUCGCUCGCCCUCCCUUGAGCCAAGCCGAAGUGGUGCCGCUUCGCCGCGCGUUGAGCAUUUCGAUGGCGAAGUCCCUCCCGCACUGUCCCCGCUGGAUGCUUUUGCGGCUCAAGGUCGGCUCCUGGCGCGCCAGUUGGAAGAAUCGGCGCGGAGGGAUCGACGAAUGAGUCGUUUGCCCCCUGCUAGUGUCGCACGAUCUUUAUCCCAGCCUCGGCCAGGCUAUUUUCGAUCCGCGUCGUCUGGCGAUUCCGCGCAGAGCAUAGGAGGUGGGGGAUUGGCAAGACAACCGACCCAGAAGACUCGCCCGGAGUUGGAAGAGCCGCGGUUUCGCCCUCAGUCAGAACACCCUCGCCUAAGUGGCGUAUCUCAUCUAGCCAGUGAGCGCAGUUUCCUCGACGAUGAAGACGCAACACCAAAGAAUGAAUCCCCCGUCGUCGACAACUACGGUUUCAGGUUUGACGCGGCGCGCGCUGAAUCUCCGGAGGAAGACAAUACACUGCAAACUUCGUCCCGCCGGUUUUACGCUGCAGCACCAAUCGGAUAUGCGAUACCUGGCCAUGAUCCGUCUAAUGCUUCAUCAACUGACUCGGUUUCGUCUCGCCUGAACAUUCCUCGCAGUCUGGCACCUCCUGCCUCACCACUAUCGCGACCGACCAGCAGCUCUCGUGCGCCCCAGCCAGAAAGUUCGGAUGAUGAUUACAGCAGCUCAAACGCCGGGUCAACCUUUUCGAAGCCGCGCAAACUGUCUUCAGGAAGCGCAAUGUCAAUGCCACAAUCUCCGAUGGCUACCAUGGCUCGCUCGCAUCCUCGAUCGCCAUCUAUAAGUUCCGAGGCGUCGAAUAGUAGCCAUCUGCCUCGUCCGUCAUUCAACUUCUCCCGUCCUUUGAGUAGAUCUAGCACCAGUCUUUCUGCGCCGAUCGGUCUUGGGGUGUCAGAGCAGGCACCCAACGACGCGCAGAGCGCAAUGCAUCGCAGCAACAGACCUGGACCCAUUAUUGUCCCAAGACCUUCCGAUAUGCCUACUACACCGCUUGAUGAGCCGUCGUCGGCGGUGUCUUCGUAUAUAUAUGCGAAGUACUCUCUCCCACGUGGACGUGGACUGGGAAGGGACUCGGUCAUAUUCUCCGGCUUACAGACACCCCAUUUCGAAUGGCAGGAGCCGUUGUUCGAGAGCCCUGAGCAGCGACCAAAAACAGCCGAGCCCCAAAGAAUUGCGAGAACGCCUUCUCCUUCCCCGUCUCGUCAGGAAACAGCUGCUCCCCAGAAAGCACACUCGGUCUAUGAAUCGCCAGCAGAGGAUGAUAAGCUACUCACUCCAGUGGCUUCCGGAUCAUCUAUCAAGACGGCGCCCCCUCCUGAAAAGGGUGAACCUCAAAGUGCGCCACGAGCACCCAGCUCGGAAACAUUUAGGACCGAUGAUGUCUCGGAAACUACAUCUUCUGCAGAUUCAGCAUCAACAAUACGCCCGCAGACCGCCAAGGCAGCUGUGCCCUCCGCCAUAAUUUCUACAGAGGACCACGUCGCAAAGGGCAUUGAGCUUCACGAGAAAGGGUCACUGAAUGAGUCAACUUACCAUUUACGGAUUGCAGCCAAACAGGAUCAUCCGGUGGGCAUGUUACUGUAUGCGCUAGCUUGUCGGCAUGGUUGGGGUAUGCGACCAAACCAGCAGGAAGGUGUACGAUGGCUGCGCAGAGCUAUGGACUCUGUCGGUCUCGAACUGAACAGCGACGCUGACCCAUCUGUACCAGCUAAGUCGCGGGAAUUGCAAAAAGCAUAUAGGGCCCAGUUCGCUCUCAGCGUCUAUGAGCUUGGUGUAAGCCAUUUGAAUGGAUGGGGUAUUGAACAGGACAAAACCCUCGCGUUGCGCUGCUUUGAAACCGCUGGCCGCUGGGGGGAUGUCGAUGCGCUCGCCGAGGCAGGUUACUGUUACGCCGAAGGGGUUGGGUGCAAGAAAGACUUGAAGAAGGCAGCAAAGUUCUAUCGAGAGGCUGAAUCAAAAGGGAUGAGCAUGGUUGGAAACAGCUGGAUAUACAAAGACAAGUAUAUGACAGAUGAUGAGCCCAACACCCGGUCUCGAGGCCGGCAAGCCAGUACCCCCGAGAAGAAACAACGCAGCAAGUCUCGAACGCGCAGUCUUUUCCAGCGCAAAAAGUCCAACGCCCAUGAACCAUAG